CCCUGGCCCCCAACGUGUUCCCUGAGGGAAGCUGCUCUCGGGCCGGCUUCUUGAGCCGCUGGCUUUCCUCCUCGUCUCCGAGGCCGUGGGGAAUUGGGCGCCUUGGGGCGCGGCGAGUGUGCGCCAUGGGCAAGGCCAGGUCGGCUGGGGCGCACAGGAAGGCCCCCGGGGCUCCGGCGGGACUGCGGGGCGGCCGGGCGAGGCCCAACCCCAACCCGUUCGAAGUGAAAAUCAACAGGCAGAAGUUCCAGGUCCUGGGCCGGAAGACGCGCCACGACGUGGGGCUGCCCGGGGUGUCGCGCGCGCGGGCCAUCCAGAAGCGUACCCAGACUUUACUGAAGGAAUACAAAGAAAGGGAUAAGUCCAACGUAUUUACAGAUAAACGCUUUGGGGAAUACAAUAGCAACAUAAGCCCAGAGGAAAAGAUGAUGAAGAGGUUUGCUCUGGAACAACAGCGACAACACGAGAAAAAAAGCAUCUACAACCUGAAUGAAGAUGAAGAAUUAACUCAUUACGGCCAGUCCUUGGCAGACAUCGAAAAGCAUAAUGAUAUUGUUGAUAGUGACAGUGAUGCUGACGAGCGAGGAACACUGUCAGCCGAGUUGACUGCAGCCCAUUUUGGAGGUGGUAGUGGGCUCCUUCAUAAGAAGACCUCUCAACAGGAAGGCGAGGAGGGGGAGAAACCCAAAUCACGCAAAGCACUGAUUGAGGAGCUCAUUGCAAAGUCGAAACAAGAGAAGAGGGAGAGACAGGCUCAACGAGAAGAUGCCCUUGAACUCACAGAGAGGCUAGACCAAGACUGGAAAGAAAUUCAGACUCUGCUGGCCCACAAAACUCCCAAGUCAGAGAACAGAGAUAAAAAGGAGAAACCCAAGCCUGAUGCAUAUGACAUGAUGGUUCGUGAGCUUGGCUUUGAAAUGAAGGCCCAGCCAUCUAACAGGAUGAAAACAGAAGAGGAGUUGGCAAAGGAGGAGCAGGAGCGGCUCCUGCGCCUGGAGGCUGAAAGACUCCGAAGAAUGCGUGGGAAGGAUGAGGAUGAAAAUACUAGGAGACCAAAGCAUAUGUCAGCGGAUGACUUAAGUGAUGGCUUCAUACUAGAUAAAGAUGACAGGCGUUUGCUUUCUUACAAGGACGGAAAGAUGAACGUCGAGGAAGAGCAGAGCAGGGAAGCCAGCGAUGAUAAGAGCGAAGAGGAGGAAGAGGGCGAAGACUCGAGCGAGGAGGACCCAGAGGAGAGCGAUGGCCCAGAUAGCCACUCGGACCUGGAAUCUGACGUAGAAAGUGAGGAAGACAGCGAGAGGCCGAAGAAAGAGCAGCAUCAGACUUCUGGGAAAAGGUUGACAAGAGACGGUCAAAAGGUUCGAGAAGCUGCCAGCACUGAGCUGCCCUAUAUGUUUGCAGCUCCUGAAUCCUGUGAGGAACUGAAAUCUUUAUUAUCAGGAAAAGCAAUCGAAGAGCAGCUUUUGGUGGUGGAGAGAAUUCAGAAAUGCAACCAUCCAAGUCUUGCAGUGGGAAACAAAGCCAAAUUAGAAAAACUGUUCGGCUUCCUUUUGGAAUACGUUGGAGAUUUGGCUACAAAUGAUCCGCCAGACCUCAGAGUAAUUGAUAAAUUGGUUGUGCAGUUAUAUAAUCUUUGCCAGAUGUUUCCUGAAUCUGCAAGUGACUCCGUAAGAUUUCUCCUCCGAGAUGCUAUGCACGAGAUGGAGGGAAUGAUUGAGACGAAAGGCCGGGCCACGUUUCCGGGGUUAGAUGUGCUCAUUUAUUUGAAAAUUGCUGGGAUGUUGUUUCCAACUUCUGACUUCUGGCACCCCGUUGUGACCCCAGCACUGGUGUGCAUGAGCCAGCUGCUCACUAAGUGCCCGGUCCUGUGUCUCCAAGACGUGGUGAAGGGUCUGUUCGUGUGCUGUGUGUUCCUGGACUACGUGUCUCUAUCUCAGAGGUUCAUACCUGAGCUUAUUAAUUUUCUUCUUGGGAUUCUUUACAUAGCAACUCCAAACAGGCAAAGCCAAGGUUACACUCUGGUGCACCCUUUCAGAGCCUUUGGGAAGAACUCGGAGUUGCUCUUGGUUUCUGAUGAAGAGGACACAGCCACGUGGCAGAGGAAAAGCCUGUCCCUUCAUUGGGCGAGUGGACUGAGAGCCCAGACCAAGGCAGAGGCCAACCACACCAGACUGUGCUGCGUGGCCGUGUGUCUGGCUCUGGUGAAGCGCUGUGUGCUCAUGUAUGGCGGCCUGCCCUCCUUCCACGACAUCAUGAGCCCCCUCAGAGCCCUCCUGAUGGAGCACCUGGCUGACCGCAGUCACCCCCGAGAGCUCCAGGAGCUGUGUCAAAGCAUACUGACAGAAAUGGAAAACCAGAAGAAGCACUGUCGGCCACUGAUCUGUGAAAAGAGCAAGCCAGUGCCACUGAAACUGUUUACCCCCCGGCUGGUCAAAGUCCUCGAGUUUGGAAGAAAACAGGGAAGCAGUAAGGAGGAACAGGAAAGGAAAAGACUGAUCCACAAACACAAGCGUGAAUUUAAAGGAGCCGUCCGGGAAAUCCGCAAGGACAACCAGUUCCUGGCUCGGAUGCAGCUCUCGGAGAUCAUGGAACGGGAUGCGGAAAGAAAGCGAAAAGUGAAGCAGCUUUUUAACAGUCUGGCUACCCAGGAGGGUGAAUGGAAGGCUCUGAAGAGGAAAAAGUUCAAAAAAUAAAUAAUGUUUUAUACGUUAAGCAAGGA